AUGCGGCUUAUGAAGAAUGGUUUGACAGAAUCAGAGGCAAAUGAUAUUAAGGAUUUUUCAGAAUGGAUUUUAGCUGUUGGUGAUGGAAGACUUGGAGAACCUAAUGAUGGUGAAGCUCUAAUUGAUAUCCCAAAAGAAUUACUUAUCAGAAAUGUAGAUGAUCCCAUCGAAGCAAUAAGUAGAGCUGUAUAUGAAAAUUUGGAAUUGUUGCAUGGGAAAAAUUAUCCAGAGUUUUUCCGGCAAAGAGCUAUCUUAUGUCCAACAAAUAAUGAUGUCAACACCAUUAAUGAGCGCCUGCUUGCGAAACUAGAAGGUGAAAAAGUCAUCUAUUUAAGUGCUGAUAGUAUAGAUCCCCAAGAUGUGGAAUCAUUAAGCAACCCAAUUUUCAGUUCUGAUUUCCUCAACAGUAUCAAGCUUUCUGGGUUACCAAAUCACUGUCUACGGCUAAAGAUUGGUGCUCCAGUUAUUCUGCUCAGAAACAUAGAUCCAAAAGGUGGAUUAUGUAACGAUCCCAAAUUGCCUUUCCGGAUGAGGAGGCGACAAUUUCCUUUAGCUGUUGCAUUCGCUAUGACUAUCAAUAAGAGCCAAGGGCAAUCACUCAAUGAAGUUGGACUCUUCCUACCUAGACCUGUAUUUUCUCAUGGGCAACUAUAUGUGGCUCUAUCAAGGGUGACAUCAAAGAAAGGAUUGAAGGUGCUAAUUGUUGAUAAGGAGGGUGAAAUACAAAGCCAGACGAUGAAUGUUGUCUUCAAAGAAAUAUUCCAGAACUUGAAGAAUUAG